UGGCGUCAAACGCAACCGUCGGCGGCAACAGCCACCCGUGCGGUGAUGUGCUGUAAGUUGCCGCGCGCCCUGUUCGUUACGCGACGUGGCCGUGGCACUUGACUGAGUGUUGUACAAUAUAUCUCAGGACGACAUCUGAGCGAGCAACUUUCAACGUCUUCGGUUUGUCUAGAAUGAGUACGGAGUCAGGUGAGCAGACUUUGUCGAGUAGCCUUGGUGCCGAAGCACAAGGCUCGGAGUUGCCAGGGUGCAAGAGGUCUGAAAACGUGGACACGGAUGAUAAUUCCCAGGGCACAAUGAAAGGCGACGAAAUAAUUGACGAAGCUAGCAGCAUUGAGUCGGAUGCCGACAAGGUGGCGAAGGAAAGCGACAACUGCGCCAGGGACAUUCCCAUGGAGGAGGAGUCAAAUCUUGAAGAUCCCGCCUCGUCUGAGACCACGAGCAGCGAUCAGCCACCGUCUGCACAGGCGAACAACGGCCUGGAAGGCGCUGAUGGUUCUAAGCUGGCUUCCGACGCUUCAAGAAGCUCGGAUCAACAGUGCUAUUGUGGGAAAGGGCGCAACAUGAACGUCGUUGAACUCCAGUGUAUUGCCUGCCUCAAGUGGUUUCAUGACACAUGUUUGUCAUUACCGCUUGGGAAAUGCGUUCCAUUUAUGACCAACUACACUUUCUCCUGCAAGCUGUGCAAUCCAGCUGGUAACGAGAACUUCUCCAAAAAGCAGUCAAAUUUUAGCCAGAUGUGUGUGACAGCGCUCGCCAACUUAAUACAGAAGAACCGUGCAGAGGGAGGAAGUCGGGCAUUGUUUUCAAAAGACAAGGAGAUAAUUCCCUUCAUUGAAAAGAAUUGGGAAAACAUGACAACGGUCGCACGAAGAGUAAAGCAAACCUGGCACACGACUGUUUACAAGACCAUGACCAAAGACACGGAUGUUUUUGUGUGCGAAGAAAAAACAGAAUCGGGGGAAGUCACUGAUGCCCACCCAUAUUUUGGGCUCAUCCUGACGGAUUUAGAAAAGAUUGGACCCAACUACGAGAGCCUUGUUCGGGGUGGCCAGGGUCGCAAUGUGGAUUCACAAGUUUCUUCAGGCAAUCCUGUUCCUGGUAAAGGUAGAGGCACCAAACGGAAGCUGCCAGGGGAAAGUCAGACUGCUACCUCGGGAAAGAAGAAUAAAAGUGACUUGGUGAUGCCCAAGCUACCACCGAACGGCUACCCCCUUGAUCAUCCCUACAACAAGGAUGGCUACCGGUACAUCCUCGCGGAGCCUGAUCCUCAUGCACCCUUUCGUCAGGAGUUUGACGAAAGCACAGACUGUGCAGGGAAGCCUAUUCCAGCAUGGCUCUACCGUAAACUACAGCCAUCGUCUGUGCUGUUGGCUAUGCACGACAGAGCGCCCCAGUUGAAGCUGUCAGAUGACCGUCUCAGUGUGACUGGGGAGAAGGGCUACUGCAUGGUCAGGGCAACUCAUGGUGUGGAAGAGGGCACCUGGUAUUAUGAAGCUACUAUUGAAGACAUGCCUGAAAACUGUGCCACUCGUAUUGGCUGGUCUCAGGAGCUUGGAAAUUUGCAGGCUCCCUUGGGGUACGACCGUUUUGGUUACUCCUGGCGGUCUCGUAAAGGCACGAAGUUCCAUGAGAGCCGUGGCUACCACUACAAUGACGUAGGUUACGGCACUGGAGACACACUUGGGUUCCUCAUCGAGCUGCCACGAAGAAAAGAAAAAGAAGGGCAACUCUCUCUGCCAGAUGCUUUUAAAGACAGGCGACUCGUAAAGGUGAAGAGUUAUCUUUAUUUUGAAGAGAAGGAUGAAGUGCAGCAAGCCAUCAAGGCUCUCAGGUCACUGCCGGGAAGUAGAAUUGCAUUUUAUAAGAAUGGAGAGUACAUGGGGACUGCUUGGAAAGAUAUUUAUGAAGGAAUGUACUACCCAGCAGUGUCUCUCUACAAAGGAUGCACGGUGCGUCUGAACUUUGGACCCAACUUCAAGCACAAGCCAAAGGAUGUACCGUGCCUGGGAAUGCAUGAAAGUGUCGACAAAGUCAUCGUGCAGCAGACCAUGUCUGAUAUUCUCUACCUUGUAGAAAAUGAAAGUCAAAUGCGGUUGGAUGCCAUCUACUUUUAGUGUUGAAAUUUCCUUCCUUGUUUUUAUCAAAAUGUACUCUUUUUUUCACGUGAGAAAAAAAAGAGCGAAGCAUGUGCACAGAUUUUUCAUCCUCACAGACAAGUCUUCCAUUAUCCAGUGAGGGCGACAUGUGAAAGUUUUAGUUUGUAAGGGGACAGGGGAGUUUUUUAAGUACGUUUUUUUGGUACGUUUUUUACCCCUUUUUUUUUGUUCGCUUUAUGGAUAGGACUUAUCUAUAUACUUUUGAAUAGUUGAGGUCAUUUUAACUAAUUGAAGUUUGUUAUUUUGUAUAUUGUGCGGCUGCUAUGCCUUUUGCCGCGUGUAUUGCAGUUUUUAUAAUACUUGUAUAUUGUAGAAGAGCCUUUGUUGCUGUGGCAUCUUGCCAUGUUUUUAUUAUAACAGUCGUAUCUCGAUAAUUCGAGCUCGAAGG